AGCCCCGCGCCCGCAGCCGCUCCCGCCGCUCCGCUUCGCCAUGUCCGCCGAGCCGGCCCCGGCCGCUGCCGCCGCCGCCCCCGAGCAGGCCCCCGGCCCCGAGUCGCCGGCGGACGGCGGGGAGGCGGCCGAGCACCGGGCGCUGGUGCUGACGGGCUUCGGCGGCUACGACAAGGUGAAGGUGCAGGCGCGGCGCGGCGGCGGCCCGCGGCCCGGCGAGGUCUCGGUGCGUGUCCGCGCCUGCGGCCUUAACUUCGCCGACCUGAUGGCGCGGCAGGGGCUGUACGACCGGCUGCCGCCGCCGCCCGUCUGCCCCGGCAUGGAGUGCGCUGGGACCGUCCGCGCCCUCGGCGACGGCGUCCGCGACCGACAGGUUGGCGAUAAGGUAAUGGUCCUGGCUAGGUCGGGGCUCUGGCAAGAAGUCGUGAACGUGCCAGCCAGUCAGACUUUCCUGAUGCCUGAGGGGAUGAGCUUCGAGGAAGCGGCUGCUCUUCUUGUCAACUACAUCACUGCCUACAUGAUCCUGUUUGACUUUGGAAACCUGAGGCCCAACCAGAGUGUCCUCAUCCACAUGGCUGCAGGUGGUGUGGGAACUGCUGCCAUCCAGCUGUGCAAGACUGUAGAAAAUGUCACCAUUUUUGGCACAGCAUCUGCCUCCAAGCAUGAUUCGCUCAAGGAGAGUGGAGUCGCUCACCCCAUUGACUACAGAACGAUGGAUUAUGCAGAGGAGGUCCGGAAAAUCUCUCCCAAAGGUGUUGACAUUGUCCUGGACCCCCUGGGAGGAUCCGAUACAUCCAAAGCAUUUAACCUGUUGAAGCCAAUGGGCAAACUCAUCACUUACGGGGUAGCAAACCUGCUCACUGGGCAGAAGAAGAACCUCAUGGCUAUGGCUAAAACUUGGUGGAACCAGUUCAGCAUCAAUGCCUUGCAGCUCCUACACCAUAACAAGGCUGUGUGUGGCUACCACCUUGGAUAUAUGGAUGAAGAAGUUGAGCUUGUCGGAGGUGUUGUAGCCAAGCUGGUUAACCUGUACAGCCAAGGCAAAAUCAAGCCCAAAAUAGACUCCGUAUGGCCCUUUGAUCAGGUGGCAGAUGCCAUGAGGCAGAUGCAAGAGAAGAAGAACGUUGGAAAGGUCAUCCUGGUUCCCGAAGCACCCAAGGAAGAAUCCAAAAAAGAAGAGAACUAAGGAGAAGAGAUGUGUGCAGAUUUGUGAAUUCAUGGUUUAACUCCCUGAUCUCUUUGGGACCUGGAAAUGGACAGAUCGGUAGCUUCCAUCUUCACCAGUACAAGAACAUCGUGGUUAAAGUUCAGAUGAGGUUUGCAUGCUCUCGUUGUGACUGACCCUUUGCCAGCUAUUCCUCCUGCUCUAGCUCUUUGUUUUGAAGCCUGGUUUUCUUACAUUUUUCUAAUCACGUGUUUCUCUACUGAAUUUCCAAACUAACCUUAUUUUUCUCUGGCAGUGCAGCCGACGCUUCCAGGCAGUUGGUGAUUAACAACUGCAUAGCCUGUCACUGUAAAGGCAAGAUGUAACAUACUGUAGCAACUGCCAAGUAUCUCCACAGAAACUGAGCCCUGCUGAAGCAUUUCUGCUGUCACCUUCUCGAAGCUCCUUCAAGCAGGAGAACGGGCCAAACUUAAGAUGCUUCCUCAACAACAGCCAGAGGAAAAGCACGGCUGGCCCGGGAUAUUUCUAGCACGGGCUACUCCCCUGUUUACACUAACCAGCUCUUUCCCCUCUGCUUUCCUCGGCCUCUUAACGCCGGUCAGAUAGUAACAGAUGAUGUCUUUGCCUUGUAAAUAACUGUCCUGGCAUUUUGGAGUCUGUGGCGUGUUGCACUUAAUUUGCAGUCACUUCUCUCUGCAGUCAGCAAAUAACCUGACAGGCUGGGCUGCGUCUGAAUACAGAAGAAAAGUUGCAAUUAGGUAACUUGAUCUUGUCCAUUUUCUGAUUCCAAACUGUACAGGGAGAUCUAAACUGUGUCUGAUUUUUUUAGAGACCAUAAGGACUCAACUGUGUCUCAGAUGACUGGAACAAUUGAUGUUGGCUCUGUGCUUUAUUAAUGUUGGGCUCCAAGUUGGUAUUGUUAAGGCUAAACUUCACCCUCGUGUUUGUAUUUCUAAGGGCUGCAGUGUUGAAUCGGACUUCAGCAAGAUGGGAACAAAAUAAGCCCCUGUUAAUGCUUGCUUUGUGCCGUGCCCUGUGCGCUGGGGAGGUGUUGCAGUUUGGGAAGUGACUAGCAAGAACCAGUCCUGUAAGCCUGGGCUGGCUCUUUCCGUGGCGCGCCACUCAGCGAAGUUAUGGCCAAGCUACCAGCGUAGAUGGUAAACUGCUCGGCUCUGUGUCAAGCCUCUUGGCCUGGGCAUCUUGAGCAGUUUCAAUUGUGCUUUUCGUUCUCUUGUAGCUAGCUCGUUAGAUAUCCGCUCAAACCAGCUCUCACCUCGUGGUUCAGUGCUGCAGUAGGGCUUGACUCUCCUCCUGAAACUGCAAGUCUGGGGACCCUCGGGCUCUUCCAGCACCGAGGGUUUAGGAGCUGCCUGAGGUGCUCCUCCCAGACCAGAACUCAGUUUCUCUUCCUCUUUUCUUUCUCCCGUGCAUUUGGAAACGUCGCUGUGCAGAGACCCAAGCCUACUUCUGCGAGCGCUUCAUGUCCUGGAUGGUGCCCCCUCUUCCUGCUGGACCCUGUUUUCAGUGACUGUGGUGCUGUUUGUGCUUGCUCUGAGGCUUUCUCGUGGAUAGUAGGUGCUGCGGGCUUUUAGGCUUCAUUUUGGAUUUGAAAAGGUAAACCCGAGGGCGCCGAGAAGAGCUGCCCAUCGUGGAAAAGCUCAGGCUCCAGGAGCAGAACCCGGCUACCAGGAGUCCUGCUUGGCCGAACCCCGAGGAGGGCAGGCGCCUGCUGGGCGAGGGGCCCCGUGUGCGAAGCCCCUUCGCCGCUCGAGAGCAGCCAAGCACUGUGCAGGGUGGGGGUUCCUGUGCGGGUGAGGAGCGGGGCUCCUUCCUUCUCCAGCUCUGUCCUCCAGCGGGGCUCCUACCUAUCAGCGCAGCUUGUGUUUCGGGUGCUUGGGCUCAGUCCCUGGUUCUGCUGCCUUUUAGAAAUGCGUAGGCAUAGCCUUAGGGGACUUGCCCUGGCUAACUUGAAGUAUUAAAACAGCCCCGUUCCCCACAACCUCAGAGGAGGGCUGGAGCCCUGUCACGGAUCCUUGUCAGUCCAUCUCUCACACUUGAUACGUGAACUUCAUAAACAUGGUCUGAUGAUACUCACAAGCACAACUUUUAACCUUUCUGAAUCCAAAAUCUUGCUGCUUCUCCUUUCAACCUGCCCCAUCACGCUAAUUUAGAUGAAAUCCAACAGUGUCUAAUGCUGCUUUACCAGGUCUGACAACAGAAGGACUGUCUCAAUUGCUGAAACGGGAAGUCUGGACCUGUUCCUCCGAGAAACUGGACUUCACCUCGAUGAAAGAGCAGCGUGCUCAAACGGCAUACAACCCUGCACAUCUUCAGGUUCUGCACCCUCGCAAGGGGGGAAAGCUAUCAAAUUGCGUUUCGCAGUCGCAUCCUCUCCGUGCUUUACCCUCGGCUAAGCACACGCUCAGUGCCUUACUCGGAUGGCCUUGGAUUAGGCAGCGUAGCAAGGCUCUCGCAGUCUGUCCCUCCCGAUGCGGCGUGAAGGAGGAAAGCGAGAGUCUUGCAGCUUCCCGUAGGACACCUCUGACACGCUCUCUUGUGGUACGCCACAGAAAACAGUAUCUCGGUGCCUUCUUCUACAUGCCUGUAAGGACUAGGAAGUCACUGGAGCCUUUUCCAUUCCUUUCAAAGUAUUGCCAAAAAAACCUGUUGCGAUUCUUGCUGGCUCUGUUGUGUGAGCGCUGGUGAUGCAGCCUGACUUGGCGUGAACGAGACGCUCCCUCGCCGUGUGUUACAGCCUUUCCGGGGCCGUCCUGGUGGCUCCGUGCUCCCCAGUCCAGAAGAGCUCUUGCAGAGCCCUUGUGUCAUCCCCCCCCCCCCAACCCCAGGGCAGCUUUUUGGCUCCGGCCAGUCCCUCCAGUGAGGCUUUAUCAGCUGCCCCAGCCUUGGCUGCACGGAAACGAUCCCGGUUUGCUGCUCGCCUAUCUUCUACCGACAAAUUCCUGAAGCCCUUAUCAGGGCACGAGUGCUAAGCAGUUAAUAUCUGUUCGAGUUUAGCACUGACUGUUUUUUAUGUUCCUCCGUAGCAACAAUGUUUUCUACAGAAAGACCGAGAUUAAAUGUAACCUUGCUCUUCACCCCUGGCUGAUCAAUGCUCUGCGCUAGGUGGUUGGUUGGUUUUUUGUUUGGUUUGGGGUUUUUUAACCUUUUUUUUUUUUUUUUAAUGGACAAACCUUUUUUUUUUUUUUUUUUUUUUGGCCAGUAAGUAUAGAACCUAUGUAAAACAACUUCAAGUGUCUUAAUAAAGUUAACCAGCAGGUUUGUAUACUAAGGACCAAAGCAAAAAAACAAACAAACAAACAAACAAAAACCCUAGGAUAAAAAUCAUUCCACUCAAUGUUGCUUAACUGUUUAGGGCAAAGUCGUGCUAUGGAGGGAAUGGGAGGUUCCUGUGCUUACAUUGCGUGUGCCGUUCCAGCUCUCAGAAGUGCAAUUUAAUGUUUAUUUUCCUGAUUGUCUGUCUCAAAGGUUGUUCCGUGAGGAGUCCAAGUGGAAAGCGUAAGGAGUUUGUGAGCAGAGGAGAGGCGUCCCCGGUCCUGCCCGCUGCCGGGGGCGAGGGGGGGGGGGGGCUGCUCAGCACCGGGGUGCCUGUGCGAGUGCCGCUCCUCUGUCGUUGCCGCAGUCACCGUCCCAGACUGGUACUGCUGGUCUUGGACUAAAUGCAACUCCUUUGCUAUCACCAGGCAGCUUUUGUCAUGUUUCAACUCUGGUUUCUGUUAAGCUCGCUUGUGUUGCACGCUAACGGCGGGAGGGGAAGCAGCCUCGGUUUGUGCACGACUCCGGCCGAGUGCUUUGAGAGGGGAGGAGGAAGUUCAGCUGUAUAUUUUAUUUCAGAUAUCUGUAGAAUCGAUUGACCAGGGAGAAGUAAGAAGCAUUGUGGGCCUCAGACUUUAAUUGGUGCAGGAUCCUGGCCUACUUACAGCUGCUAUCAUAGGUGUAAAAACCACUCUUGCUGCCUAAUGACGUCUCUGUUGUGCAAAGCCCUGGUGAUGGCAAAGCUUGACUGGCAAGUAGUACACGAGCGUGAUGUGAAAUGCAUUAGACUCUGAGCCUCUUACAACAUAUGGUCUGGUCCGUACUGUCUGAGUCGUGUUGAUUUGCAAAUAUGUGAUAUGAGUGCUACUCAUCCUACAGACACAUGGAAAAUCGUUGUUUAAAAAAAAAAAAUGUAUUUCGCUUUGUGCGUGUAACCAAGUUGGACAGAAAGCAAGUGUGCCAAUGCUGUUUACAUGACUAUAAUGUGUAAUGCUCCUCUGUCUAAUGUUACCAUAUGCCUUAUGUGUUUCAAAUGUUAAUUAAAAGCAUAACAAAACC